AUGCCAAAACAUUUUACACUACCUUCCUCACUCGAGCCAUAUAAGGGGAUUGGUGACCCCCGGACUCACAUUAAGAAAUUUCAGUCUAUGAUGUUCUUUAAUGGACCUAAAAAUGAACCUAUUCUUUGCAAGGCUUUUCCGACCUACCUCGAUGGCGCGGCCCUCCUUUGGUUCUCAAAACUACCUGAAGGAUCAAUCUCUUCCUUCGAGGAAUUGGCAAGAUCCUUCAUAGACUACUUUGCUGCUGCCCGCAUUUAUGUGCACGGAUCAGAUUAUCUCGACACCAUCCGCCAAGGUCCCCAAGAAAGCUUGAAGGAUUAUUUAACCAGAUUCGCUGACGCAACAAUGGAGAUACCCGAUCUAGAUCCUACUGUCCAUCUCCACGCCAUAAAAGCCGGCCUCAAACCGGGAAAAUUCAGAGAAACAAUUGCCGUCACAAAACCGAAAACCCUGGAGGAAUUCCGGGAAAAGGCCGCAGGGCAAAUGGAAAUUGAAGAACUCCGAGAGGCCGAGAAAGUAGACAGAAGGCAACCACGAAAGGAAGAAAGCCGAACAAUCAGAUCAGGGGACAACAGAGACACCAGAAAAACGUUUAAGCUUACACCAAAGUUUGACAACUACACCAGGUUCAACACCAAGAGAGAGAGGAUCAUCAAGGAAAUACUCAACGCCAAAAUCAUCAAACCCCCUGUUAGGGCCGGAAGCUACCAAGACCAACGAUUCGUGGACAGGACCAAGCACUGCGCCUUCCAUCAGAAAUAUGGUCAUACCACCGACGAGUGCAUCAUAGCCAAAGACUUGCUGGAAAGAUUAGCCCGGCAAGGACUCCCAGACAAAUACAUCGAAGGUACAAGGCACAAAGGAGCAAAAACAAAUCCAGAUGAGCAACAAACUCCGAGGAACAAAGAAACCGACAAAUGGCCGAGCAACAAUCCCCCAAAAGGAAUUAUCAAUUGCAUAUCAGGAGGAUUCACAUGUAGCGGAGAAACAGCCUCGGCACGAAAAAGAAGCUACCGCACUAUGCUAGCAAUCGAAGGAACAACCCCACACUAUAAUAAAGAAGUCGACGACCUCGAAAUCACUUUUAACCAAUCAGAUAUAUGCUCGGCCACACCAAAUACAGACGACCCUGUGGUGAUUUCCAUCCAAACAGGAGAGUUACUGGUAAGAAAGGUCCUUCUGGACCCAGGUAGUAGUGCAGACGUUCUCUUUUAUUCUACCUUUUUAAGAAUGAACCUAUCUGAAAAACUAAUACAACCCUCAUCCGGAGAACUCGUGGGGUUCUCCGGAGAAAGGGUACCGAUAAAAGGGUAUAUAUGGCUAAAAACGACAAUAGGUGAAAAUCCAUUAUCCAGAACCUUUGAUAUACAAUACCUGAUAGUGGACUGUAUUAGUCCCUACAAUAUCAUUCUCGGGAGACCUGCUCUAAACAUGUUCAGAGCGGUGAUAUCAACCUUUCAUCUCUGUGUUAAGUUUCAGGCACAGGACGGCAGAAUAGCAAUAAUCCAUUCAGACCGUCAACAAACUCGGCAAUGUUACAACUCUAGCCUAAAAAGGUCAGACACGAGACAGAAGCAACACGAGGUCAAAGCAGUACAAACUAGGAAGGAAGUCCUAUCCCUAGCCGAGCUUGACCCCCGAGGAGACACACAAGAAAGACCUCAACCAACGGAUGAACUUCAGAAAAUCCAACUGACAUCAAAACCAGAACAGGUAACGUACAUUGGUCAAGCGCUACAAGAACAAGAAAGGUAG